CCUAACACGCACAGCGUGAAUAUUUUCGAUACAUUUGACAGGCGCCGUCUGUGAUAGCAUCAGGUAUUCACAAUGCUUAUUGGUAAAUCGUCAUGGUGUUAUGCCUGACUAAGCGAUUAACACACGUUGAAUUAUUUGAACGUAACAAAAAAUCAGGUACCAAAACUGUGUUUUGGAAAUAUUUAAUGGUAGUUAAAUUAAAAACGAAACUUAUUUACCACGUGUAUUUUAACAGGCAACAGGACGUUAGUAUCGAGACAAUAGUGUUAAACCUUGUUUUUCCGCAGGAAAUUAAUAGCAACAUAACAAACGAUGAAACUGUAGAAAGCAGAUGCGAUUCAAAAAUAUAUAUGUUUCUUUUUAACUGUGUUCAAACACAAAUACAACGAUAGAGAUGAUGAUUAACAGUUCAAAUGUGAAUAAAAGUGGGAUCGUCCAGCAUGAUCUGUCCGGGUCGUAUGUUGCCAUCUCUGCGAUUUGUCUGCUGAUGGCGGCAUUCAUCAUCUCCCUCAACGGUCUUGUGAUCUUUAUCUUAUCCCGACAGAAAGGAAACAACCGGCUUCAUUUUUUCAUAUUCCAUCUUGCGAUUGCUGACCUUUGUGUCGGCUUAAUCAGCGUUCUUGGCGACGGGGUUUUCAACGGUAUUUUGCGAGGUGAAUGGUUCUUGGGUGACGUCAUGUGUCGCAUCUGGCGUUAUUCUACGUUUGUGGUUCUGAUUGUUUCCAACAAUCUUCUUAUUGGAAUGAGCGUGGACCGCUAUUUGGCUGUACGAUACCCGCUUAGAGCAAUAACUGGAGAGUACCGUCCAUACAAAGCCAUAAUUAUCGGCUCAUGGGUAAUAGCUUGUCUGAUUCCUGUGUGGACGUUUUCGUUCACGGGAGCUGUCCUUUAUGAAACUUCAUACUACUGUGACAUAACUAUCACCACAGAACUUGGAUGGAAGCUCUAUGUCGGGUUCACACUUCUGCUCGUAUUCUUCAUUCCAUUCCUCGCUGUCUCCGUCUGCUACACUGGAAUCACGCUUGUUGUCUGGAAGCACUGGCGGGAAAGCAAAAAUCUUACAGAAAUGAACUCCAUAUUGGAAGAUUCAACUUUUAAGCCAUGUCAUAAAACUAAAAACAGUGGUUUACUACCAAAAGCCAGAAUCCAAACAAUAAAGAUGACUUUGAUAAUAUGCUUUGCGUUCUUUAUUUCCUGGCUGCCGGCCACAGUGUUUCACAUCUUGGACGUUUAUCAAAUCAACAUGCUAGAUUUUCGUUACUACAUCGUGCUGCAGCGCUUAUAUCCCCUCAACAGCGCGUGCAAUCCAGUCAUAUUCUUGUUCUUCAGCAGGAAUAUUUUACCGUACGGGUCACUAAAGUCUUCGGAAACGACGAGAGGUUAUGACAGUGUUGACACCACAAACACCACUACAUGACUACUAGUGGUGUUACAAAACUUG